AUGCCGAUAGAUUACUCUAAAUGGGACCAUCUGGAGCUAUCUGACUCCGAUGAGGAGAACAAACCUCGUGUGAUAAAGUUGGACCGUUCUCAGCGGAUUGAACUCGGUCGAGACGGCUACAACAUUGUGUCUAGCACUGCGAGCGCAGCUGAUCCUCGCGAAAUCGCUGCUCAAUAUAAAUUCUGGAAGGAUCAUCUUAAGAACGGCAGUGUGGUUGCACGAUCUCACGCGUUUGCGCAAGACCGUUACGAUGUUUGUCUUCUUAUCGCUCUGCGUGACGACGCACGGCACGGUUUAGAGGUAGAGGUGACGGAAUCCCAUAUCCGGAUCCUUGCUAAAGGUCUCGAAAUUUUCAACAAGGAGCUAUUCGCAAAGGUCAAAAGCGAUGACGACUAUGUGAACUGGCAAAUUGUGCGCAAGUACGUUGACUGGAACGCACUGGAGUCGUACUGCCGCAACGCCGGCCGUGGAUCGUUGGGCACCCAUAUGGUAUUCACCGAGUUCUAUGAGCAGGCGUUCGUAGAGGUCGAUCUUAAAAAGCAAAAUAAUAUAGAGGACUGCUUUUUGUGGUGGCCCAAAGCCUUUAAGGAUGACGUGCCGUCUAUACGCUUCGAGACUCAGGGGGGCACCAAGUUUAAGGAAUCAUGGAACCAAGCCCACGAAGCCUUCAAACAGCGUGUGAAAAGUUUCGAGAAGGUGCCGCUAUGA